AUGUCGCAAAACCCCUAUCUUCUUGCGGCCGACAACCCUCAAGCGCUCGUCACGUUACUUCAAGAAAACCCUUCGCUUGCCUCGGGCCAAGACGAACACGGCUACUCUCUCGUACAUGCAGCUACAAGCUACAGCCACCUCGACCUUAUACGAAGCCUGGUUCGCGAUUUCAACGUCCCAGUUGACCUUAGAGACGAGGAUGGCGAGACGGCGCUUUUUGUUGCAGAAAGCGUCGAUGCGGCUCGCAUCUUGGUCGAGGAGUUAGGGCUCAACGCGGGGCUAAAAAACGACGAAGGCGUGACGGCGAGAGAAAAGAUCGAGGCCGAAGGGGAGUGGCCAGAGUUGGCCCAAUACCUGUCUGGGGUUGGCGCCGAGUCCGCAAAGCCCAAUGGCAGCACAAAUGGCGACUCGUCUUCGGGCAUGGAACUCCCACCUGCCCCCGACGGACUAAAGAUUACUGUUGGCACCAUGAACGAGGCGGAGACAGGGGAGCAGCAGCCUGACCCGGAAUUCCGCAGAAGAAUAGAGGAGCUUGCCGCGAGGACAGACCUCGAGACACCUGAAGGCCAGGCCGACUUGCGCCGGCUGGUCGAAGAUGCCAUCACUAGAGAAGGACUGAGCGAGGAGAGAAGUGUUCGGACAAGACAGGAAUAG